UCGUUCAGUAUCGAUCAGGACAGCGGGUGCAGCUUGUCAGAUACAUAGGAGACGAGGUUUUUAUUCCUUCGGAGGUGUACGGGUCCCGAGUAAACUCUUUUGCUCUCAAGAAAAUAAGUAAUGCUGUCGUGACGUUCGUGCAGUAGGAUUGUGCUUCUCAGGAAGACAGCGUUCACACGUCUCCCUUUGCGUUCUUUCAAAAAACGGUAGCCUUUUGCACUCGGCAACUCUAGCCAUUUUUCUACUUCGAUACUAAACAAACGUGCCUCCUGUAAUCCGCAAUGGCGGAGACAAAUGGGGCCGCAAAUUUGAAUACGAAAAAUGGAAAUUUCAUCUGUGGCGUUGUUGAAGGUUUUUACGGUCGGCCGUGGACCACUGAACAAAGAAAGGAUCUGUUUCAAAAAUUAAAAAAAUGGGGGAUGGAUUCGUAUUUGUAUGCGCCAAAAGAUGAUUACAAGCAUCGUGCGUAUUGGAGAGAUUUGUACACAGUCGAAGAAGCAGAACAUUUAACAGGACUUAUAACAGCUGCCAGAGAGUGUGGUAUUACAUUCUAUUAUGCGCUGUCUCCUGGCUUGGAUAUUACUUAUUCGAGCUCAAAAGAAGUGACCAUAUUAAAAAGAAAACUGGAACAAGUUAGCCAAUUCGGUUGCACUGCGUUUGCAUUAUUAUUUGAUGACAUAGAACCCGAAAUGAGCGAAGCUGAUAAAGAAGUAUUUCAAUCUUUUGCUCACGCACAAGUUUCUGUAACGAAUGAUAUUUUUCAACACCUCGGUCAACCCAGAUUCCUGUUGUGUCCAACACAGUACUGUGCAACUAGGGCAAUGCCGAAUGUAGCAUCUUCGGAAUAUCUUAACACAUUGGGGAGUAAAUUAGCUCAAGAAAUCGAUAUAAUGUGGACUGGCCCCAAAGUAAUAUCUAGACUUUUAACUGUUGAAUCCAUCGAAGAAAUUACAGAGGUUUUGAGGAGGCCACCGGUCAUAUGGGAUAAUUUACAUGCUAAUGAUUAUGAUCAGAAAAGAGUAUUCCUAGGACCAUAUUCAGGCAGGUCUCCUGAUCUGAUUCCUAAGUUAAGAGGAGUUCUAACAAACCCCAACUGUGAAUACGGAGCAAAUUUCAUAGCAAUUCAUACUUUGGCUCAGUGGAGCAGAUGUAAUGUUGAUGGGAAAAGGGAUUUGAGUUUGAAUGAUACUGUAUCUGCUGACAUAAAGUUGGAAACUGAAACAGAGGACGGAGUGCUCGAGGACAUACCUUCAACGAUGUCUCCAAAUAUAUAUCAUCCUCGACACGCUUUAAAAAAUGCCAUUAACGAUUGGUUACUGGAAUUUAACAAAAAACGCAAUGUAUGGGGUGUCAUAGCGAAACCACAGCCAUGUGUGGCACCCACGAUCCCGAUUCCAAUAAUUCCUUCCGUGAAUACCUGUAUGAGCCUUACAGCGACAACGACGACUACUGUUCCCUCGACUCCCGCACCAGUAACUAACUCCAAUCACCUUCAGGCAUUGGCUGAAGUCUGUUCAACCGUUCCAAGCGCUGACAAUUAUGUGCAGCCUUCUUCUGGUCCUGUUAUGAAUUCUUUGGUAUCAGAUACAACAGUUAUCAGCGAGCCCAUUAUUCCAUCAAUUUCUUCUGCCGUGGAAAAUGUAACGAGUUCAAAUACAUUGUCGUCCAUGGAGCCAAUGGAUUGUAACACAACUCCGAAUAACUCCCCGGCUCACACAGCGAAGAUUCAAACAGAGGAUGAUGCUAUGGUAGAAAAUAUUUCAACAUGUAGCGACGCAUCCGGUAGUAUGCAAGUGGAAGUGGAUGGUAGUUCUCCUGCAGUAAAUGGUACUCAAAUGAUCGUUGAAAACGAUAGUGAAAAUCAUGACAGUGGUGACAAUGGUGAUCAAGAAUCUCCCGAUGUUGAUAAGAGACUGACGCCUGAAGAUCUUUCUCUGCUAUGUGAUCUGUUUUAUUUACCGUUUGAACACGGUGGUCAAGGCAUCCAGUUGUUACAAGAAUUUAACUGGUUAAAGAGCAACGCUCAUCUUGUUAUGAGGAAACCGAAAGGAGAUGAAACUACAUCUCAAUCUGACAUCGAAGAAUGGCAUGCACGCGCAGCUAAAUUAAAUGAUAUGUGUAACGCUGUAAAUAGACUAUUUCAGCGACUUACAUAUUGUAACAAUCGUGAGUUGUUAUAUGAUCUGUAUUCAUAUGUGUGGGACAUGAGAGGAGUCGUGUCUCUGUUAAACAGUUAUGUGAAAUGGUUGGCGUUUGGCAGAUUCCCGUCGACGAUGACUACGUUUACCCAGGGAAGCUACACAUGGUUCUCGAAUGGCUGGAAAGAAACUUUUAUGAGCGGAGAACAAGAACCAUGGGUGUUCCGUGGAGGUCUUACAGCUGAUCUACAGAGAUUAAUUCCAGUGGACAGUGGUAAUGAUUUAUUUGUUUACAAAGCACCAGAAGUGCCCACUAGUAAAAUCUAUACAAUUAGGCCUUACUUAACAAGCGAUGAACACGCAGUGUAUUCUGUAUGCAAUAAAGUAUGUGGCUGUAUGGCAUCUUCUGCAGUUGCAGAUAGAUUAGUUGGAGGUUUCUUAACUUUGAGUCCGGAACUGUGUAUGAUUGUUGAAGAUGAGAGCGGUGUGGUAGGUUAUGCACUAGCUGCCUUAAAUGUGAAAUCUCAUUAUCAGAAAUUAGCAGCUUCUUGGAUUCCUGAAUUGCGGAUGAAGUAUCCGUUAGAUGACAAUAUAAGUAAUUUACCACACGAUAUCCAGGAUUCCAUACGAUAUUUCCAUUCGUUCGUACCGGAUGUACCUGAACAAUUGUGCAGGCAACAUCCGUCGAAGCUGUAUUGUGCUGUGUUGCCAAAUGUUAUGGACCAAUCUGUCCCUAAAAGAUUAAUUACUUGUAUACUUGCCGCUUUGAGAGCAAAUGGUUCCUUUGGUGUACACACUACAAUGUCAAUCACUGAUAAAGAGUCUCACGAGUUUUACAGUAAGCUUGGUUUUGUCGAUUUGAAUCCAGCGCACGAGGAAUAUCCUGGCAUCAAAACUAUGUGCAGAAGUUUCUAACAAAGAGUGAGUACACCAGUGAUAUUUGUGAACAAAGUGUAUUUACUUGGACCAUCAUCGAAGAAGGCUUCUGUGGCCUAAGAAUUAAGUUCAAGUGGCAUAGAAGUAUGUUUAUUUCUAAGAAAAAAAGAAAGGCCAGAAUGCUUUCUGUCCAUUGUAUAUUUUUGUACAGUGGACAGAAGGUGGUUUCUUGACUUCUCAACGAGGAGAGAAAAAAAUACAGGCAGACUUUGCAUUAUACUGUCUUUAAUGACUUCCGUUCUGAGAAGCUGUCCUAUAAGUAUCUGCCUUCUUAUUCAUAUACAGUGGGUGAUCAAAUUAUUAGAGCCAUGGUAUGAAAAAUGGGUUUAUCGUGUUUGUGUAGAAAUAGAGCCACAAUUUUAAGGUUUUUACAUUGUGUAACUUUUAAUCAAUAAUUCUCCGCUAUUAAUACACAAAAAAAUACUUAUAAAAAUAAACAAUACAUUUAAAAGAUUAUAUUUACACAUGUGUGUUAGUAUUUCGUAACGCCGCCUUUUGCUGCAAUUACUGCCUCGAUUCUUUUCGGCAUACUUUCGAUGCAUUUUAAGCAAUUCAUUUUGAUUGCUUUAUUUCUAGCCCAUACUUCUAUCAAACGUUCAAUCAAUUGACAUUUAUUACUAAUAAUAUUUCCACAAAUUUUCGAUGGGGUUGAGGUCCGAAGAAUUUCUAGGCCAGUCAAGAAUUUUCACUUUUUUUCAACUGUGUAUCAUAAUUUUACAAGUAUCAAUACAUCAUAAGAAAAUAAUAAAAACUCCGUUUAACUCGGUUUUCAUUUAAUUAAUGAUAUUUCUGUAAAAUCAUCAAUUUAUGCGGGUGGCUCUAAUAAUUUGAUCACCCACUGCAGUAUCACCCAAAUGUGUUUAACGAUAUAUGCGUGCAUACAGUGUAUAUACGGUACGAGUUAAGUUACAGUGAUAUCUGCAUCAUUAAACGGAGAGAGUGUGAAAGAAAAUGUGCAAUGUGCAAUAGUAAGGAUUAACAGAGGUAAACAGUAAACGAAACAGAGGAAAAGGAAGAAUCUGUUAAUUUUAUGAAUAUUUAUGUUUGUGUGUACAACGCAAUGAGAUUUUAGUAUAUCCGGUAUGCUUGAAUCUUAACUAGAAAGUUUUCUUAAAACGAAAAUGUAUAUAUAUAACAUGUAUGAUGUCCGAGGAAAAAAUACCAGUAUGUGUGUUCAAUUAAUGAAUUAUUGAAGCUUUUUAAACCACUGAAUAAUAUUUUCUUAUCGAACACAUGUGAACAACGGAAGAUACAAGAGGAAUUCCGUUCGUUCGAAAUGUUUUCUCAAGCUAUAGUAUUUUUCACGAGAGAGUAGUACCAUCGCAUGAACGAAUUUUGGUUUUGUUUGCGCGUGUUGGCUCUGAUUGGUUCUGCCACGCUGGGCAGUAAGUAUAUCCGGUGAUCAUAACCUUGUGAAUUAUGAUUCACUACCUCUGUCCUAUGUACAGGGUGAUUCUCUUGCAGCGCAACACAAUAUUCCGUUUAUGCUAUACCGUUUCUUGUCUUCGUCUCAGCCAUAAACACACACAGAAGCAGUCUUGGAUCCGGCGAUAUGGCCCCUGGGUCUUUUUCCCCGCAAACACAGCAGGGUUCCAUUGUGCGGGACGGUUAUUGUGUUGCGCUGCGAGAGAAUCACCCUGUAUAAUAAGCCGUUCCUAUAUUAGUAUAUUUUGUCCACCGUGUAUAUGGUGGAUGCAAUGGGAAGUAAAUUAUGGUGGGGGAAUUUUUUAUUUAGUGGAGCUGCGCGAAAUGGUACUAUUCUCUCGUGAAAAAUACUAUACGAAAAGAAAAGCGACUAACAAGGUCUAGUUUUAACUUCAAAUCCACAUUUUUAUGAAAACCAUACCUAUUCCAUAGGUACUUUACUGCCCAGUAGCAAAAUUUUCACUUCGAACAUGAAUAUAACUGAUAUUUAAUAUGCCUAUUGUAAGGCCUUUUUUAUGUUUAAUGUAUCGUCCUCGACUAAUAUUGUUCUUAAUAACACAAAUAUCGGUAUUAUUAAUGAUGCUGAAUCGACUCUACGUGUGUAUGUAAUGCAGUGAAAUGUGAUAUGCCUACAAUUGUUUAGAUAAUAUUUUUUAAUUUCGUUAACACACUUAUGUAUGUACUACCCAACAGAAACGAACAUUUCUGUUCCGUCGCGAUAACAAACGUUAAAUGAUACCAGUUACGUUUUAUACGAUUGUUUAUUUUAGUUUGCUUCAUCGUCAAUAAUCGAAACGCAAAGUAUGCAAAAUCUUUGUAAGGGAAAAAUAUGUAUAAGAAACAGUAACAUAUAGUAAACAAUUGCUAUCGUUAGUUGUUCGUACCGUCUUUUGCACGACAGUGUAUCAAAUGUACAGAGCUGAAAUAGAAAGUAAAUAACGAUAAGAAUAUACACAUGAACAUACACGCAUAUACGAAAGGAAAGAAAAUAAAUAUAAAAAUCUUAGAUAUCUGCCUUAUAAUUGCUAUUGAUUAGUACUACCACGAAACAGUUGUAUCACAGACUGAGGUGUGAUUUUUUAUCCUAAUUAGGGGUCAGAGUGUGUCGUGCUAGGAUUCGAUGCAAUUGUCAUGUACAAAAGGAAGAUUCGAUCGUCGUAAGAAUCGCCUCUGUAACUGAGAUCUAUUUUAAUUCGGAUCUCCACUUUGUAGAAUUUUUAUACUCGCUGUUGAUUUUCACGACGAUUGAAUUGAUGCGACGAAGGUGCGUUUGAUGAGAAGGCUGGAAAAUAAAUAUGCUUUCUUUUUUAAUUACUGGUUCCUUCAUUUUUUUAUAAAGUCACGUUACAGGCUUAUUUAAGGCUAUGUAUUUUUUUUCUUUGUUCACACAAAGUAUAUUGAUACAGAUUUACAUGCGUUGAUUUUUAAAAUAUACAUGAUUUUUCUUUUUAAUCUUUUGAAGGUAAUAACAAACAUACAAUAAUAUUUCCAGUUCUCUCGUUGUGCAUUUGUAAGUAAUGUAUGUGUAAUUAACACUACAAAGCGAUAUGUGAUUACUACUGAUUUAUUUAAAUAAAUAUGCCAAGACUGAUA